UUUUUCCUCCUUCUUCUUCUUCUUCUUUUUUUUAAAUCCUUGUUUCACACUGUCCUGCAGUUUCUGUCUCGCAGAAACACACAUUUAUUGCGCGUGGAGGACGCAGUCACGCACAUGUGAAAAAAAAAAAAAAAAAAAUGAGGUCCAUGUUUUUGCUCUGGUUCAUCAUUUGGGUCGCAGAUGCGGAGCUAAAACCCCGGAAAGGCUCCGGGCUGCUGUGUACUUUCAAAGACAAGACGUACAACCCGGGAGACAGCUGGCAUCCCUAUCUGGAGCCGUUCGGACUCAUGUUCUGCAUGCGCUGCGUCUGCACAGAGACUGGCCAUGUGAAGUGCACGACAAUCAAGUGUCCUGCUCUGCCGUGUGACAACCCCGUGGCCGAGCCUCAGCAGUGCUGUCCAAGAUGCACAGAUGAGCCCAGGAUCCCCGCAGGGCUGAGGGCUUCAGUGAAAUCCUGCAGGUAUAAUGGAACUAUCUAUCAGCCGGGGGAGACCUUCAACAAGCACGACCUCUUCCCCUCCAAGCAAAGCAACCAGUGUGUAAUGUGCACAUGCUCUAAUGGAAACAUCUUCUGCGCUCUGAAAACAUGCCAGCCAAUCACCUGCUCCGCGCCGGUCUCCGUUCCAGAGACCUGCUGUUUGGUGUGUAAAGAUCACAGCACCAGUGGGUCUUCAUCGACUGAGGAUGGAAACCAGCAGCUGAACAGAGGCGUGAGGCAUUCAGUGGACCAGUGUUCUGGAGAGCAGGGCAGGGCGCGGUCUGACCGUGCCACUCCACCCAGGGUCAGGACUUCUCCCAGAGGCCUGAGCCUCAGUAAACUCAACCUCAAAGGGGCUUCGGAGACCACCGUGAAGAUUCUGCUGCAGCGGAAACACCAACGAGCGUGUUUAUACAAUGGCAAGACGUACUCUCAUGGAGACAUGUGGCACCCAGUUUUGGGGAAGGUCCUGGAAUGCAUCCUGUGCACUUGUACUGACGGCCUGCAGGACUGCAAACGCAUCACGUGCCCCAGCCAGUACCCGUGCCAGCAUCCUCUGAAGCCAGUGGGGAAGUGCUGCAAGACCUGUCCAGAAAGUAAAGCUGAAAGUAACCAGACCCAGUGUUAUCUGGGAUAUAAAAACAGCCUCUUGGUGUACAAAGUAGAUUCGUCUCUGAAGGUCGACCCACCCCACACAGUGAGGAUCAUCGCUAUCGAGAGACAGAGCACGGCUGAGGUUGAAGUGCAAGUGUGGAAGGCUGUUGAAGGUGUUUUACAGUUGAUGGAAAUUGGUGACGUUCAAAGAAAAGACAUAAUGGAUCAUCCAGAGAAUUACACAUUACUCACAACGCUCGAUGAAGAGACAUGGCGAAAAUUUAAAGAGGAGGGAGAGAACCUGAGCAAAGCCUCUCAGACCACGAUCUGCGAAGACGGCAUCCGGGAGAUGGUGACCUUCCUAAACCCCAAGCAGAUAGAGGACGUGUGUUCCCCCUAAAAGUUUUUUCCUUGCCUUCCCACAACCCACACGGUCAACGCUGCACUCGGAUGUCCCCUGCGUCGUUUCCUGUAACACAAGUGGUGUUGCUCAUUUAUGAUCCUGCUUAUUGAUUGAUUGAUACCUUGUUGUCCGUCGCGUUUUAAUCACCACACGCUUCUUUGUUUUGUUGAACUUUCCGGUAGUGGAAAAAAAAAAAAAAGCACACACGCAUAAAUCACAAAAUGCAGCGUAAUAUCACUGUGAAGGUGGAGGGGAGAGAUGUGUUGCUUCUGUGAUGUUAACAUGUGCAUCUAUUGAACCGUAAUCACAUUACAAUUGUGUUGGAAUAUGUUGGAAAAGGGGCCAUGCGCUGUUCAGAAUGGGUUUUUUGUUUAAGGGUGUUUUAUGAUCAUCAACAUAUUUAAUGUACAUAAAAAUGGAGGUUUUGACCUUAUUUAAAGUGUAUGGUUUCUGUGUAUAUACAUCUGACUUUUUGAAUGUUUUUUUGUUUUUGCAUGUAGUAGCAUGAGGGAUCAAUCACUGAGUAUUCAUUAAUGCGUAGACAGCCUUUUCGUAAUUGUUCCGGAUAUCAAACUAUAAACCUACUGUUGCUAUUUUUUUGUGCAGCCACGAGACAUUUUAUACUCCACAUACCACAAAAAAAUGCUUGUAUCUUAAAGUGGUCGUAGUCGAUGUAGCUGAAUGAACUCUGUACCUCUGCCCACUGUUUUAUCAGUGUUUUCACACCAUUAAACUUUUACGCCUCGA